AUGGAUCUCCAAUUUCCCUCUUCCUUAAUACUUCUGAUCAGCUCAUUCCUCUUUGUGUUUACGGUGUUAAACACGCUAAAAAGAUCAUCAAAACCCACAAACACUUCUUCAAAACUACCCCCGGGACCAUGGAAGUUGCCCAUCAUUGGAAAUCUGCACCAGCUUCUAAACCCUCUGCCCCAUCAUGCAUUAAGAGAUUUGGCCAAGAAAUAUGGACCCUUGAUGUACAUAAGAAUGGGACAGCUUCCAACAGUAGUAGUUUCGUCGCCAGAGUUUGCGGAAGAGGUAAUGAGAACACACGACGCAAUCUUUGCAUCUAGGCCCCACAUUCUUAUUUCAGAGAUCAUGUUCUACAAUUCUACUGACAUAGUGUCUCCCCCGUGUGGCGAGUAUUGGAGACAACUGCGAAAAAUUUGCACACAGGAGCUUUUGAGCGCAGCGAGGGUUCAAUCGUUUAGACCCAUUAGAGAGGAAGAGAUGUCCAAUCUCAUGGAAUGGAUUGCUUCGAAUGUUGGCUCUUCUAUCAAUCUCACUGAAAGAAUCUACUCCUCUAUUUAUAGCAUCACGUCGCGAGCAGCCUUUGGCGAGAAAAGCGAAGAUCAAGAAGAAUUUAUAUCACUUGCUAUAGAAGUUGCAAAGAUAUUAGGAGGUUUUGAUCUUACGGAUUUGUUUCCUUCUUUAGGUUUUCUUGAUCCUCUCAUCUUCGGCACACGGGAAAAGUUUGAGAGGCUGCAUCAAAGGUCCGAUAGGAUAAUUGAUAACAUCAUCAAGGAACAUAAGAAGAAGAAGCAGCCUACAACAAAAAGUGGUGAAAGUGAAACGGUCGCAGAAGACUUGGUAGAUGUUCUUCUAAAGUUUUGCAACAAUGACCUUGGCUUUUCCCUAACAAUUGACAAUGUUAAAGCAGUAAUCUGGAACGUAUUUUCUGCUGGGAGUACAACAACUGCUACAGCUAUAGACUGGGCAAUGUCCGAAAUGAUAAAGAAUCCAAGAGUAAUGCGAAAAGCUCAGACUGAGGUGAGACAAGUCUUUAGUAGAAAAGGAUCAGUUGACGAAACUGUGCUUAGUGAGAUGAAAUAUUUAAAAUGUGUUGUUAAGGAGACACUGAGGUUACACCCUUCCGCUCCUUUAUUAAUUCCAAGAGAAUGUGGAGAGAAAUGUGAGAUUAAAGGUUACGAGAUUCCGGUAAAAACGAAGGUCAUAGUUAAUGCAUGGGCAAUGGGAAGAGACCCUAAAUAUUGGACUGAACCCGAUAGUUUUAUGCCAGAAAGGUUUCUCGAUAGCUCUAUUGACUUUAAAGGAACAAAUUUUGAGUACAUACCAUUUGGGGCUGGAAGGAGAAUAUGUCCAGGCAUGUUGUUCGGUCUGAGUAAUGUUGAGGUUUUGCUUGCAAUGUUGCUUUACCAUUUUGAUUGGAAACUUCCCAAUGGAUUGAAACAUGAAGACCUCGACAUGACUGAGUUCUUUGGUGUGACGGUUAGAAGAAAAGAUGAUUUGUACUUGAUUCCCGUCGCUUAUGAUCUGUCGCUUAUUGGAAAAAUCACUAGGAACAAAAUGUAA